AUGUUGGCUUGUAAAGGGGCAGGCACCGCCGUCGCUGUACUUCGUAUUCUUUUCAGAAAACAGGCUACAGCUCGUGGGCAGCCUUGGAGGUGUUUAUCCACGCAAACUGACGGAGAGGUCCGCAUCGCGAAGGUACUCAAGGAAAAGUUUCCCCUAGCGUCAUCACUAAAAGUUGUGGAUAUAUCAGGUGGAUGUGGAGCCAUGUAUGAAGUCCACAUAGAAUCCAGUGAGUUCUCUGGGAAGAGGACUGUUCAGCAGCACCAGCUUGUCAAUCAGGCUUUGAAGGAUGAGAUUCAAGGAAUGCAUGGACUGAGAAUAUUCACCGAUACCCCAAAACAAUAA